GAAACAGAAGUACGAUUUGUUUAUAAAUAGAAGCUAAACAAGCCUCUAAAGCAAUCUAAUCACAUACUCGAUUUCAAUAGGUGGUUUCUUCCAAAUUUCUUUCCACGUGCCUUGCGAUUAACGGUUCAUAUUUCCUUCAUUUAUUUAAUUUAACUUUCUUUUUUAAGCAAGAUGUCUUCCAAUGCCUCAGUAAAAGAAUAUUUACUUUCUCGUUACUGAAGAGUAAAUGUUAUAAUAAGCUUGUCAUACCUUUCUGAUAAAGCAAGUGAAUUUAAAACCGUUACGCAAAUAACAGUUUAGCAUAGCAUACAUUGUAGCGAACACCAUUCUAGACAUAACCUAACAGAUAAAUGAUUAUAAUUGCUUUAAAGCGUUUUGAGGCAACAACAAAGUAAGUGAAUAUUUCGUCACGAUCGUGUUAAAAGCAAAAUAUCAACAAACAUUCGUGUUGAACUAUAUUCAUAUGUUGACCGAUCAAUCGCGGUCAUUUCUACUAGCAACCAAGCAAUGGAGUAACUGAUCUUCCCAUAACCACACUCAUGCACACAAACACCCAGGCUAUCGAGCGUGAUCAAUUGUAAUUAGCACCUUUGCAACAGCAACAAAAGAAGUUUGGAUGCUAUUACUCAGUGCAGCGCCAAAUUCUUGCAGACACUUCAUUACGGCUACAUCAAUGCUAGCGUGGACAUUUGCUUUUGAGAACUCUUGCAGAACACACAUUUGGUUUAAAUGUUUGCGCGGUGAAUUCGUGAUUGAGAAAGAACAAGUGCGCAGGAGAAUAAGUCAUUGAAAAAAAUUGUAUCUGUGGAAAGUGUGUGUUUGCAUAUAUUUAAGAGAAAUAAAUAUUAAAACGAGAAGAAUUAACGUUUAUUUAUAAUAAGUAAUUGAAAAUAUAUUUGCGAAAAUGACAUUCCUCUCCAUAAUCGCCGGAGUGAUAACGCUGAGCAUUAUCGGUUAUGUUACGUGUAAGGAUAUUGAUGAGUAUCCUAGAGUAUUAUCAUUGCAAAAUUCAUUAGAGACACCUGUUGAAACAUUGAUAACCACCAAUGAAAUGCUCCAAAGUCAUUCACAUUCGAGAUCUCCUAGAUGGUUUCCCUUCUACACAAUUGGACGCUUUCCCAAUGAUGUCUGCACGGGCGCGAAUCGACUGUCUGGCACUUGUAUGGUACGCGGCGAAUGCAGUGACAAUGGCGGUGUGGCGGCUGGCACCUGCAGCAGCAUUACACAACAAGCUGUGUGCUGCAUAUAUCAAAUGGGUUGCGGCUCCAAGACAAGUUACAACAAUACAUAUUUCUAUAACUCCGGCUAUCCAGGCACUUACGCCGGUGGCGGACGCUGCACAAUUGUUGUCUCGAAAUGCGAUUCGAAUAUCUGCCAGUUGCGCAUUGACUUCCUGUCGCUGUCGAUAGCGCCACCGAACGGCGAUGGCUUCUGUGUCACCGAUACAUUAACCAUAACGGGCGGUGCAUCGCAGGUGCCCACAAUUUGUGGUGAGAAUAGUGGCCAACAUGUGUAUGUGGAUUUCAAUGGCGACAGUCCAAUCACAAUUUCCGUCGCCACAUCCGCCGGCUACACCUUCAAUCGCCAAUGGCAAUUUCAAAUAUCACAACUCGGCUGCGCGUCGGCCACUCAAGCGCCGUCUGGCUGUUUGCAAUACUACAUGGACACUAGUGGCACAGUGUCCAGCUUCAAUUACGACUCGGCGGCCAACUCACUCGCCAAUUCAAUUGGUGUGCCGGGCACGCGACAAAUCGCCAAUCAGCGGUAUGGCAUUUGUGUGCGCAUGGGCGCAGGCAUGUGCUCCAUUACGUGGAGUCAGGUGAGCUCUGACGCAUAUUCGUUUACGUUAACCAAUGAUGUGGCCGUGAUCGAUCCAUCGCUGCUUGGCACAGCUACAGUGCAAAGUCAGGAGUGCACAACCGAUUUCAUUAUCAUACCGAAUCCGACACAGGGUGGGCAGUCACUGCCCAGCGAUCGUUUCUGUGGACUGGGGUUGGUGAGCACAACGAGCGCGACGAAACCGUUUGUGCUUUACACGGUGACGAACGGUAACGAGGAUAUGGACAUGUCGAAUCGGGGCUUUCAUUUGUCGUACUCGCAGAAUGGGUGUCCGGUAGUUUAGCGUUAAAGUGGACUAAACUUGAGAAACUUAGGGAGUACAAUUAAGUGAAUGACACCGUUAUAUGAGUACGUUAAAAUUACCUAGGAUUAUCUAUGAGAAUAAAA